AUGUAUUAUCAUUUAGUAGAUGAACAGGCUGUUUACUAUCCAGAUCACGCGAGAAUGGGAAAUGUGUUGGAAAAAGCAAGUGUAACGGAGUCUAUGUUCACUACUUGGUUUGUUGCUAACCAGAAAUAUGAGGAUGCGCGGUCACUUACAUAUGGUCAAUUUGUGGAGAGAUUUGUUUAUGAGAAAAAAAGCAGAACAUGGAAACCGCGGAAAAAGGGGUUCACCAUUGGUCGUUUGAUAUGGGUUCCACCAACCACUAGAGAGUUGUUUUACUUGCGACUGAUGAUGACAGUGGUUAAGGGACCACUAACUUACGAAGAAAUUCGCAAAGUUGGUGACACACAAUUUGAUACUUUUAGGGACGCAUGCUUUGCAAUGGGAUUCCUAGAAGAUGACCGAGAAUACAUUGGGGCAAUACGGGAGGUGAGUGAAUGGGGUUCUGGCCAUUUCCUCCGCAAACUUUUUGUAGUUAUGCUUUUGUCCUCCGCUGUAAAUAGGCCUGCUCAUGUCUGGAACGAGACAUGGGGUCUACUAUCUGAUGGUCUGCUGCAUCAGCAGAGACAGUUGGCACACAAUAAAGGUUUUACCCAAUUACGAAUUAAACUAAUUUCAUGUGAUAUUGUUGGAUCCCGCAUGGAUAGACAGUUAAUUGUUUGCAUAGUUUCCACUCUUACGUUUUACCAUUUACAUGGUGAAUUAUUGUCUAACAAAAAUUUGGAGCUCACUGAGGAUCAGUUGAAGAAUUUGACGUUAACAGAAAUCGAAAAACUAAUGCAAGCAAAUCGAAGAAGCCUCAGCGACUUUAAGCCAAUUCCUUAUCCUGAUGGAUACGUUCUACAACAAUUAGGCAAUAGGCUGGUUUAUGAUGAACGGAGGUAUGAUGUGCCUACAAUGAGAACCCAAUUCACGUCGCUUUUCAACGCUCUGACAGAUGAGCAAAGGUCAAUAUUUGAUAAAAUUAUGGCGUCAGUUGAUGCUCAAAAGGGUGGUGUCUUUUUCCUACAUGGUUAUGGUGGAACCGGUAAAACUUACAUGUGGCGAACACUUGCAAGUGCAUUGAGGUCCAAACAUGAUAUAUGUCUAACCGUUGCAACAAGUGGAAUAGCUUCUUUAUUGUUGCCCGGUGGUAGAACUGCACAUUCUAAAUUCAAGAUACCUGUGCCAACAAUGGACAAUUCAACAUGCAAGAUUGAAUAUAAUGAUGACGUUGCAGACCUUCUACGGCAGACAAAGCUUAUUAUAUGGGAUGAAGCACCGAUGGCACACAAACAUGCUUUUGAAGCACUCGAUCGAACUUUGAAGGACGUCAUGUCUACAUACGGUAAUUCAAAAGAGAUCUUUGGCGGAAAUGUCGUUGUUUUUGGUGGUGAUUUUAGACAGAUUUUGCCCAUUGUACCUAGAGAGAGUCGUUCGGAUAUUGUACAUUCUGCCAUAUUGCCCAGUGCACUCUAUCUCGUGAUUUUGGCUACGAAUCUGCCUCUAUCCAUUGGGUAA